AUGUCUCAGGUUGAUGUAGAAUUGGGCGAGCUGCUGGCCGAGGGGCUGCCGGCCCCCGUCCAGCUCACCAUUCGCCAUGUCUCCUCGACUCCCUCCCCUUCAACCGCGCUCUUUGCCGCGCCUCCCGGGGAGACACCGGAGCCUACCUUUUGCGAAAACCACUUUCUGUCGGCCUCGGUCAAUUUAGAGGAGAAAGAUGGUGCAGAGGUGAUUGUCUUUGGCAUGGAGGUGCUGGUGUACAGCACUGCGCACCUGACCACCAUCUUCGUUUCCAAGGCCGACUCCACCGGCUACCUUCAUCUCCUGCCCAAUGCGCCCAAGGUUUCCAUUUUGCGGCGCAUCUCUCAGACCUUUCUCUCCUUUUUGGUCAAAGCCCAUCAAAGACCGGGUGUCAGAUUGCUAGUCUCCCUUUUUGCCCGGGCGCAGAACCAAUACCUGUUUCCCGGUAGCAUUGACAAUCCUCAGAAGCAUGUCCUAGAUGACCGCGGCCUGAUCAAAUGGUGGUGCCGCGUCGUCGACCCCAUCUUGCGCGAGUAUGAGCCAGAGUCCGGUUCGCAUGACAAAGGGGCCCAGGACCAUCAGACAGAGUCGGCCAAAAGCUCAGCAACCGCUUUCCUGAUCGUCCCGGGAUGUGAUCGGUUCGAAACCAGGGGCUUCUUUCCUCCUUUGGCCAGAUUGGACGACAAGGACCGUCCAAGAUGGCUCACCAGCUAUCCUGUGCACCAAUUGUGUGACAAUCCCAAGGCGCCCCCGCGUUGCUUGGUUCCCCGGUUUCCGGAUGACCCCAAAACUCGCUUCUUGGUGGACUUAGAUGAUGAGCUUCCGAAGCAGGAAGCGGACGGAACAUCCCCAGAGAAUGCGGGUCAAUGGCGGAGUGUUAGAUCUCUGGACCAAUUCUGGGAGAUGAUGUCGUUCCGACAAGAAUGCUCAGCUGGAAGACUCGUUGGGUUCUUGUGGCUUGUUAUCAAUCCUCCUGGACUUGUGAACUCGGUACAAAUGACUAGUUCUCGGUCUGUCCUUGGCGAUUCCAAGAGCCUGACGGACCAUGUGUCCCAGGUGAUGUCUGGCGAAAGUGUGACAAAUACAAAGCCGGCUAGUGAUGCUGCAUCCGCUCCAGAGCAUCCUACGACAACAGACCGUGACAAGCAACUGUCAUCAGAACCUACGGGUGAAUCUACUUCUACUUCAGCACCCCAGCCAGGUGCUAUACUAUUUGAGGCUAAAACUCAGCCCCCGCAACCUGCGGAUGCUGAUGCCUUUUACUGGCCCGAGGCUGGACGAGGACAUGCUGUUCUGAGCGAAGCAGACUACAAAACGGCGAUCGACUUCCUGCUUGAACAGGAUUUUGACAGUGAAGAGGCCUCAAUUGCCAGCACAAAGGCAUGGGGCGAAAAGGUAGCCUCCCUCGCAGAUCAACUCUGGGUUGGACAGGUGGUGGUGGGACGAAACACGAAGGAUGAAUCCUCCCAAAAGCCUGUGGAGGCUAGUACGCUCAUGACCACCGGACUGGUUCGCAAGCGCAAGAAAGCCGAUGCAGAAGUUGAGCAGAACAGCAAGACAGGGGAGGAGGGUGGUAAUGCUGGAGCAUCAACGGCGGCUCCUCCGGCAUCUUCUGGGUCGGACCCAUCGCCGGCCGUCAACGUUCUCCACGCCAACUUGAUCCGGAAGAAGAAAAAGACGUAA